AUGGUGCAGCCCCGACCGCGACUCCAGCUGCUGCGGCACGGCCGCCUCGCCGCCGCCCUGGCGGUCGCGUUUGCCGCUCUGACCGCUGCCCAUCACCUGCCGCCCACCAUACGUAAGUCGUCGUCUGCACAGGCACGACACGGCACGCUGCAGCUGCUAUCAACGAAGCUUACUGCGUUCCUGAAAGUGUGUCAUCGCAACGAUCCUCGACUCAACGACUGCGUGAGGAAUUCGGUCGACGCUCUCAAACCGUACCUUAAAACAGGCAUCCCGGAGCUGAGCAUCCCGGCGUGCGAGCCGCUGCAGAUCCAGCAGCUGGUGAUCAACCAGGGCCGCGGGCCCGUCAGCGUGCGCUCCACCUACAGCGGCAUCCGCGUGCGCGGGCCCGCCUCCUUCAACCUCAAGAGCGUCAAGGUGGACCUGAACAAGGACCGGGCGAGGUUCAAGCUGCGCCUGCCGAGGCUCGAGAUGACCAGCGACUACAAGAUCGACGGCCGCAUCCUGCUGAUGCCCAUCACCGGCAAAGGGCACUGCGAGGGGAACUUCACUGACGUGGACGCGACCUGCACGAUGCAAGGGGAGCGGGUGCAGCGCGACGGCGCCACCUACCUGCACGUCAAGACGUUCAGCACUACCUUCAGCAUCGGCCACGCAAAGGUCAAGCUCAACAACCUGUUCGGCGGCGACAAGGAGCUGGGUGACGCCAUGAACCAGUUCCUAAAUGAGAAUUGGCGCAACGUGGCAACAGAGAUCAAGCCCGUGCUCGAGGAGACCAUCAGUGACCUGUUCAAGAAGUUCUCCAACAAGAUCUUCAGCAAGUUCCCCAUGGAGCAGCUGCUACCACCCUAGGCAACACCACACCGUUUUCCAUUCGCACUGCACGACACGAUCGAACGUAUGAUGUCGAGCAGCGUAUCGCACUUGUCAGAUAUCAUCAUUUCAUAAACAACUUGUACAUAGUAGUUUUUUUGCUUUGAGUAAUGGCAAGCAACAGUAGUG